AUAUUUGAUUUUUUUUAAAAUUAUAGACCUUGAAGAAGGCCAGCUUUGACAGAAGAUUGAAACGUAUUAGUUUUUUAAAAGAAUAAGCAAUAAACAAGUGACCAUCUAUCAGUACGUGGAGCCUGUCUCGUGGCUUUGCUUUUGUCUCUGGUUGAAAGUACCACUACUUAGAUAUUUUCAGGAGGAAAAUGCAGCUGAAACUCCCAAAAAACAUUCCUAAGCCCAGCACAGAGCAACAGUGGCAGAAGUACAGCCCCUGGAUCUUCUAUCUGAGCAAUCUCUUCCUGGCAAUUGGUUACAUUGCUUUGCUAUUUUAUGCGCUUAUCUGGGAAACUGGGAAUAUUGUCAAUCUUCCCACCAAAAAAAUUGGUUUCUUCAACUUCUGCUUGUGGGACCAAGAGGCAGAAAAACUGGAUUGUUUCACUUUCAACAACUUGGAGAAGAUGGGUAUUAACACGGUUGCUCUGAUAUUGUCAAGGAUCUGCAUUUUUAUCACACCAGUCUUGUGCCUCUUUGCUGCCACUACGGUCUUGCAAUCCCUGUGCUUUAAAGACAGAGAUGGCUGGAAACUGGCCCAUUCUCUUCUGGCAAUUUGUGGUUUGCUUUUGCCCGCUGGCCUAGCCUUGUUCCUCUUCUACACUAAGAAGUGGAUUCAGAUCUCAGAUUUGGAUGAAGUUUUUGUAGCCCUAGUUGGUGCUCAUGUUUUGCUCUUGUUGCACCUGAUCAUUAUUGCCCUGUACCUUGCACGGUUCAAAGAUCACUUUCCUGAAAGGCGGCUCUUUCCUACAAGGAGCCUUCCAUGAUAAUGUGAAAUGUUUAGCACCCUAAAUUCAGGGAUGAGUGGGUGAAGCAACUACACCCUUUCCGAGUUCUGAGUGGAGCCAACAACUACCAUGUUAAGAUGAGUAUGUUGGGGAAGAGGUUCUACUCCUAGCACAGGCCCAUUUCUAUUUACUUAUGAUGAGAUAGAAAUGUUUCAAAAGUGGCCUCCUUCAAGGGAGCUCAGUAGCUAAUUGUUUAAAAGUCAGCUACUCUUUAUCAGUAUUGAAACUUGAUACUUUCUGUCUUCUUUAGGAUACGUCAUUAAUAGCCUAUCUGCUAUUAAAAUAAGUGCUCACAAAUCUUGGCCCAACUGUUACUCGUGUUGGCCCAUCAGUGCACUGAGAGAGAAUUGCACUCUUGCUAGUACAGAGGAAGCAAGCUGACAAACCUUAAGUGUCUUUCCUACUGCUUAAAGUCUUGUCUUGUUAAAUUUUCCCUUCCAAAUGACAAUAUAGAUUAGAGCUUUUAAGAGGAGAGUAGUGUGCUAUGAAGUGUGCAGUAGGACUUGUGAGCCUGCUAAAAGAAAUUGUGGAGGCCAUGAAUUAAGGCCGUCUGUUAUCAUGCUUACAUUUCACUAGGUUUUUUGGGGGGCAACUGUAAGUUAAACAUCACAGUAUUUUUCUAUAAGGUUCAUUCUGAACAAGAUGCAGCAGUAAUUCCUACUCCUAAAGUUUGCCAUGGCUGUGUGGUUUUGUUGUCGUCUGCCUUCUAACCAAAGGUAGAAAUAAGGCAGUUUCUGUGAAAUGGAGCCAGGAUCAAUUAUGUUCGUUAGCUUUCCUUCUGUUCCAGAACUGCUGUUGGUAGUCUACACCACGAAUUGGAAGGUGAGGGAGACCAGAAAAAGGAAUUGUUUUCCAGACCUAAGAGGAGGAGAAAAGCAGUAGCAUCACCAGAUACAAAGUAGCAGGAGUGUAUUUUUGUACACAAUAAUUGAAGGUAUAGAGGUCUUGUCUUCCUUUGGCAUGUGGUUAUUAUACGAAGAAGGCCUUUUAUUUUAUAGAUCUUAGUCCAAUCUCACUUUUAUAACUGUGGUGACUGUGCUUUGGCAGUUGAUAAUAUUGCAGUCAACCCUCCACAUUUGCGGGGGUUAGGGCAACGAGACCCAUGAAUGUGGAAAAUUCGCGAAUAAGGCAAACCCCACCCACCUCAUCUGAUGCCAGGGAUAGCCCUGGUCAGCUGUCCCAGGCAUGGGAGGAAGGGUGAGGGGAGCCUGUGCAUGAGCCCUGCCCGCUUCCUCUGAUGAUAAGGAGGUGGGAGGGGUUCAUGCGUGGGCUCCCCUAGCCCCUCUGAUCACGAAUACCCAAAUUUGCGAAUGCCAAGACCAUGAACAUGAAGGGCUGACUGUACUGUCAGUAUCUACAUGCUGAUAUAUAGCCAUUAUUACUAGAGGUUUGGAAGGAGGUUUUUCCUUUUUUCUUUCUGGCUCAUGUUAAGCAAACUAUGAGCCUUUGAAAGUUCAUGUACAAUACAGUUAUUUCAAUAAUGCAAA